GUCCGACUUGACCUUCUCCACCUACACUGGACUCGUACGCGUUCUCAGGAUGGCGCAGUUCCACUUGCUGGACCCUCACUACGACGAGCACCACAGGGGCCGUCUCACCGCAGAGGGAGAGGUGUUGCCCGUUCUGCGGGUCCGGACCCACGACCGGUUUCUGGAGGAGAUGAGGUACGAUGAGAGGUACACUCCUCUCCUACAGAGGGCUGGCUUGGACGUCUUAUCGUACCAAGUCCGCCGUGGGCUGCCCACUUUCAACCCAGCGGCGUUGACGGCUCUGGUCGACAGGUGGCGGCCAGAGACUCACACUUUCCACCUUCCCUGCGGUGAGAUGACCGUGACGCUUGAAGAUUGCUAGAAGAUUCUUGGUCUCAGCAUUAUGGGUCGUCCAGUGACCGGUCAGGCAUCACCAGGCGGUUGGAGGCAGAGGGUGGAGGCCUUUCUUGGGAGACUGCUUCCGGAUGAGCUACGAGGUAGCCACAACACCGGAGUCCCACUGACCUGGCUUAGGCAGAGCUUUGGGCAGUGUCCACCUGGUGCAGAUGAGCAGACGGUUGGAUACCAUUGUCGAGCUUGGAUUCUCCAUCUCUUUGGUUCAGUUCUUUUUCCAGACGCGACAGGCGACAGCGCGUCAUGGAUGUUUCUGCCCUGCCUGACUGACUGGGAUACGACCGGAGGUUACAGCUGGGCUUCAGCAGUGUUGGCCUUCCUGUACAGGCAACUUUGCGAGGCUUGUCGUCGUUCGUCGAGGACCGCCAGCUGCGAGAGCGAUAAGCUCACUCAACCUUGAUGUGUCAUCCUCCUCUUCUUCAUGUAAUCCUGCCUCUGCGAGGGCGAUAAGCUCACUCAAUCCACAUGUGUCGUCGUCCUCC